ACAACUAUGUUUAGAAAAAGUGUUAAUUUGACAAAUUCUGAGGCUAAAAUUGAUUUAACUAAUUCAGAAGAGCAUUUAUAUCUUUUAGCUAAAAAGCAAAGUUUUGCUGAUUGGAAGAGUAUUAAAAA